UUGGUAAAUCUUGGCACAUUACAAAGAUAAUUUAUGUAAUGCGCUUAACAAUUGAGUCGCAUAAAUUAGACAAUAAAGUCAUUAGGGAUAGUUGAUGGCAUUUCGAGUUGAGUUCUGACUCACAUAAUUUCCCUGGCAAGGAACGAAAAACUGAACUUCGACGCCAGCGCAGUGCCGAAAGCUCUUUGUUAUUGAAAACCCAAUCAAAGUCAAAAAAGUCAAAAAAGUCGAAAAAGUCGAAACAGACAAGCGAGCUGAGAAGUGGCAGGAAAACAACAAAGAGUUGCUCUUUGUAAGCCGCGAAAAAGGCGAAAAAGAAGUUGCCCCGAUCCGAACUAAUUGCCCGAAAUGGGCUAGAUGGGAAAAAACAAACACGCUGGCGAAAGCGAGAUAAAAACACCGGGGCAAACCGGCCCGAGCAUUCAGUUCUCCGUCGGACGACAAAAGCGGCGGACCAUUAUAUUCGCUUGGUUUCCAUCCGUGGCUCCGUUCACAUCGCACCUCGCAAAUAGAACGCGAAAAUCUCGGAUCAGCGUUAAUUUUUGCAUACAAUGGAGUUCCUGAGCAACGUGUACGCGAUGGUGUUCGGCGGCAGUCCGUCCACCGACGACACGCAAGGGGCUUUCCACACACCGCGCAAGGUCAUCUGCUUUGGCAAUGUGCUGCUCGACCGCCUGGUCAAACUCGAGGAUCCGAAACUCCUGGAACGGUUCGGCCUGCAACUGGGCUCCAAGGGCGAACUGGACAUGGAGAAGCUCAACCAGUUGGCCGCAGAAGCCUCAGAGAGCUCGCAGUGCCUUACAAAUCCGGGUGGCUCAGCCCUCAACACAGCCCGCAUCCUGAAGCAACUGGGCACCGAUGCCCUCUUCUUCGGCGCCGUCGGAGCUGACAAGCACGCCGAGGAGCUCCGCUCGAUCUUCCGGGAGCGCGGCAUCGAGGCCAGGCUGCAGACCGUCGAGGAGGCGCACACCGGGCAGUGCGUGUGCCUCAUGUACCAGGACAACCCCACGCUGUACGCCAACAUUGGGGCCUCGGCCCAGUUCGAGGUGCAGACGCUGAGCCACGCCGUCAGCCACGAGGGCCAGGGCUUCUUGCGGCCCGUGGAGCGGAAGCAGAUCUUGUACGUGGAGGGCUUCUUCGUGCCGCGCAGGGAGGAGGUGUGCGACUACAUAGUGCAGCACCUGGUGAGGGAGCGGCGGCGACUGGCCCUCAACCUCAGCGCCCCCUACAUUGUGCGGCAAAAUGCCCAGGCCAUGCUGAGGCUGGCCCGCGUCGCCUUCUUCCUGUUCGGCAACCGGCAGGAGUUCGAGGCGCUGGCCGAGGCUGCUGGAGGAUUCCGAAAUGUCGACGAACUGGCGGAGAAUCUUCUUCAGUCCGGCACCAAGGUCAUCUUCGUCACAAACGGCAGUGCCGGCGUCCAGGUGAUCACCAACUACGUCGAGGAACUGGCUGCUCCCGGUCCGGUAAACUUCGAAGACUAUCGGGCUCAGCGCGUGGAGCAGCUGGUGGAUGCCACUGGCGCCGGCGACGCCUUUGUGGCCGGAUUCCUGCACGCCUGGCUGGAGAAGCGCUCGCUGGGCGAGUGCAUCCGCAUGGCCUCCACCGUGGCCGCCAAGGUCGUCACCCAAGUGGGCUGCAAUCUGCCCUAGGCCGACGACGUGCAUCGCAAUCUCAGCAAGCGCAAAACAAAGCACCAAAGUAGGAUAAUAGCUUGUAAUAAUUCCCGUAAUCUUCACAAACUUUAGACUUAGUCAAACACUUAUCCACGGUAGGCCACAAGCAAUCAUCUUAGUCAUAAUUUGACUAAUAAAAGUGAUUUAUACCUCGUCCAAUGAAGGAUAAGAAUGAAAA